GUGUCUGAGGGGCCAGCUACUAGUGGCAGCGAGAAGGCAAUUCCUGGCUGGCGGUUGGCAUCUGAGCAGGUGUCAGGAUGUUGGGCUGGGUCCAGAGGGUGCUGCCUCAGCCCCCAGGAACCCCUCGGAAGACCAAGAUGCAGGAGGAAGAGAAAGUGGAACCAGAGCCAGAGCUGGAGGCGGAGGUGGAACCAGAGCCAAACCCCGAGGAGGCUGAGACAGAGUCCGAGUCCAUGCCCCCCGAAGAGUCACUCAAGGAAGAGGAAGUGGCUGUGGCAGACCCAAGUCCUCAGGAGACCAAGGAGGCUGCCCUUACUUCCGCCAUAUCCCUCCAGGCCCAGGGCGCUGAGAGUUCUGAAAUGAACAGUCCCAGCCGCAGGGUGCUGACCUGGCUCAUGAAGGGCGUGGAGAAGGUGAUCCCACAGCCUGUCCAUAGCGUCACGGAGGACCCGGCUCAGAUCCUGGGGCACGGCAGCACUGCGGACACAGGGUGCACAGAUGAACCCAAUGAGGCCCUCAAGGCCCAAUACAUGAGGCCCGGGUCACGGCUGCUCCUGUGGCUGGAGCAGAAUCUGGAGAGAGUGCUUCCUCAGCCCCCCAGAUCCUCCGAGGUCUGGAGAGAUGAGCCUGUAGUUGCUACAGGUGCUGCCUCGGACCCAGUGCCUCCAGGACGCCCCCAGGAAACAGGGCCCAAACUGCAGGCCCAGGAGAGCGCCCCCCUGCCCACGCCCAUCCCCCUGCAGCCCAAGGAGGAACCCAAGGAAGUGCCAGCUCCAGAGCCCCAGCCUAGCUCCCAGGCCCAGGCCUCCUCCCUGCCACCACCCAGGGACACUGCCAGGCUGGUGGCGUGGGUCCUGCACAGGCUGGAGAUGGCUUUGCCGCAGCCAGUGCUACAUGGGAAGAUAGGGGAACAGGAGCCUGACUCCCCUGGGAUAUGUGAUGUGCAGACCAGGGUGAUGGGAGCUGGAGGUCUCUGAAAUAAGGGAGAAGGGAAUCUGGGAGAGCUCAGAUGGACACACGGAUGGAAGGAAAGAAGGAUGCCCUGAAGAGAAGACCUUCCGGGGGGAGGUGGCCACUGACACCCCACCCUAUUUGAACAGCGAACCCCUCCCUGUCCACAUACUCCCAGGCAGGACAAAGGGAGCCAGCGUCACCUGCACCAGCCCCAGAGCCUCCCAGACCAGAACAAGGGGAAGGCCAGCCAUGCGCAGCCUGCAAGAUUUAGGCUAGACAGCAGGACUUACCCCCAGAGGGCUGUGGAAAAGCCCCAUAGCCGGGCGUGGUGGCUCACGCCUGUAAUCCCAGCACUUUGGGAGGCUGAGGCAGGAGGAUUGCUUGAGCCCGGAAGUUCGAGACCACUGUAGGCAACACACUGAGACCCUGUCUCUAAAAAACCUUUUUUUAAUUAAUAAAUUAGAAAGCCCCAUGGAUGGAGGACUCAGUAUUGAGCAUCUCUUUGAGAGGACGCGUGCACAGCCCCCAGUGUGGUACCUGGCACCGUCAGCACCUCGACAAGAUACAGUUUUUCCCAGAAGAGGUUCUCCCUAGGCCUGGCCACACUCUCUCCUUCCAAGGCUUGGGGACGCCAGUGAGCAGCAACAAACGUUUUCAUUAACAUUAAAAGAGCGUAAAUGAGCACAUCAAACCUGUGACUGCAUGAUAUUAUUGCUUAGGAUAAAGCUAAAAGAAGGGUUUAGAUUU